AUAAUCGAUCAAUAAUUUCCAUUAGCAGUUAUCUACUUCAAGCUACGACUUCACGAGACCAUACGAAAAUACCGCGGAUCUUAAAAAUCUAAAAUACCGCUGGAGGCACAACCGCCUCCGCGAUCGACGUCGAUAUAGGAGGCAGUCUAGUGGGAAGAACAGAAGGUGGAGGAGGAAGAGGCACAGAGAAUUAGAGCCGGGACUGUUCAGUCUCCCUCGAGUCGCUCGUCGCUUCGAUAGCGUACGCACCAGGUGAUCGUGACGGAUAACGUACGGCCGCGAAUGUUGCUGUGCUGCUCACCGUUUCGUCUCCGUACGAUUUCACGUCGCUUCCACGCGAUCUCGCACGCGAUUGCGUUCGAAAAUAUUCGCAGACAAGCGGGAGAGACGCUUCCCGCGCAAAGUCAAGUUUCGCGAAGAGCUGCGAGGUGGACCACGGCGAUUCAGUUCGACCCAUGAGAUAUCGAGCAAAGGAGGGUUCGCGGGACGAAUCGUGUGAGAGAGAACUGCAUGCGGUUUCAUCGACCAGUCGUUUUCUAACACAAGACAGCUGGCUCUCGGUCGCACGGCGUUUACACGACCUGAUACACCUGCGGUACAACACCGGAAGAGUACCAUUGCUCCAGUGCCGGAGCAGAGAGUCUCCUCCGCUUGUUCUCCAGUGCCGGUCUUCCGCGCUACAGCCGACGCUAUUAUUGCAGUGCAAUCUAAAUUUAGACGAGAACGCGUGCUUGACGUAAAUCGCGCCGCUCUUUUUAUUCCGAAUCAACGUGCCGCCGCGUCCGCGGUUUACGUGCCGGCGCCCAUCAAGGCAUUCGCAUCAUGAAGAAGCUUGUCUUGCAAAUCCUCCUAACGUCUUGCGUUCUAGAACUGACAAGAGCCGAUAAGGACGAUAAAUUGUCGGAACCACAACUAAAUCACAAUGGAGCCAAAAGAUUAUAUUGUCCGGUGAAUGCUUACAUCGAAAAUCAACCAGUCAAUCGACACGAUACUUCUUUGCAACUAAGACAACUGAGAUCUGAAAUGGUUCGCGUGGCAGCGGUUCAAGGACCAGCCCUUGAUGGAUAUAUUGUUACAUCGGACGAUGAACAUCAAAGUGAGGUCGUGGAUCCGCGUGAUAUGAGAAGAGAAUUUCUUACUGGAUUCACUGGAAGUACUGGAGAAGCUGUUGUCACUAUAGACAAAGCGGUACUCUGGACUGAUGGUAGAUAUCACAUUCAAGCAGAUCAUCAACUGGACUGCAACUGGAUCCUAAUGAAAGAAGGACAAUACGAUGUACCAUCGAUAACAGAAUGGUUAAUGCACGAAUUUCAAAAUCAGACGAAAGUACGUAUCGGUGCUAAUCCGAAAUUAAUACCGGCAUCUAUGUGGAAGAUAUGGGAGGACGAUUUAGAAAAUUCCCCCGUAAAAUUGGUCGCAGUCGGUAACGACCUGGUGGACUUGAUCUGGCAGGUGGGCCGACCUGAGUACAAUCCCCACGCGGCAUAUCCGUUGCCAGACGAGUAUUCCGGUAAACCGUGGCAGGAGAAAAUCCAACGAAUCCGACUAGAAAUGGAGGUCUCAUCGGCCGAUGCACUCGUCGUCACCGCUCUGGACGAGAUAUCAUGGCUAUUCAACAUCCGCGGCUAUGACCUGCCGCAUACGCCUGUUCUAAGGUCCUACGCGAUCAUCACUCACGGAUCCAUACAUCUCUACGCACCACGACAAAAGAUCCUGCGGGCCGUCGACAUACAUCUGAGAACCGAUUCCUGCUACCAUAAAAACUGCGUCAAGUGGCAUAAUUACACGACUAUUUGGCACGAUUUAAGGACCAUGUCUCAAGCCUGGGAUACAGUUUGGCUUCCUUCGCCUUGCUGCUAUACACUGGGUGCGUCUAAAGAAAUAUACAAUUCUAUUCCACCAAAGAAAAGAUUACCAAAAUCUUCGCCCAUAAUCAAUCUACGAGCAGAGAAGAACAAAGUUGAGGCGGCAGGUAUGAGGAAAUCUCAUCUAAAAGACGCAGUGGCAAUGUGCGAUUUUCUGUCUUAUAUGGAAGAGCAAUACGAAUUUGAACCUGAAGGAUGGGACGAGAUGCAAGUGGCUAGAUUAGCAAAUGAACUCCGUUACGAGCAAGACGAUAAUAAAGGCAUUUCUUUCCCAACAAUCGUGGGAUACGGACCGCACGGUGCUAUGCCACAUUACGAGCCAAUUAAUUUAACCAACGUUAAAAUCGGGACCACAUCCACACUAGUGGUGGAUUCCGGAGGACAAUACUUGGAUGGUACUACCGAUGUGACCAGGACUCUUCAUUUCGGAGAUCCGACCGAUGAGCAGAAGAAAGCCUACACGAGAGUGCUGAUAGGUUCGAUUCAACUGUCGUCUUUGAUCUUUCCAAGCGGUCUAACGACAGAUCAGUUGGAUGUUGUCGCACGGGGACCAUUAUGGAGCACCGGUUACGAUUAUAUGCAUGGAACUGGUCAUGGAAUCGGCCACUUCUCUUCGGUUCACGAAUCGCCUAUCAGCGUGUCAUAUUUCGUCAACAAUUCAGUCACUGGAUGUUCCAUCAAGCUGAAGCCAGGUUUCUUUCUAUCUAAUGAACCAGGAUACUACAAGGAGGACGAUUUUGGUGUUCGUUUAGAGAACAUAAUCGAAGUGAUCUCUGCUGAAAAAUCAACACAUAGCAAGCAACAAUUCCUGAAAUUCAGAGAUGUCACUUUGGUCCCUUACGAACCGAAACUUAUCGAUGUCGAUAUGCUAACUCCGUUGCACCGACGUUGGCUGAAUAAUUACAAUAAACGUAUUCGGGAAGAAGUUGGUGCAGAGUUAAAGAAGAGAUUAAAAAUGAAAGCAUUUUACUGGAUGAUGUUGAAGACUGCAACCAUUCCAGAAACAAGUUCAAACAGCCAGAGCUUUUUCGCAGAUUAUUCUCACUCGAUGCCGUCCGUCUCUAGGCCAUUCCACAUUUUAGUCGCAAUCAUUGUUGCUUAUCACAUCAUAGAAAAUUUUACAAGAAUGUGCAACUAAUUGAAGAAGCCGAUCACUGACAUUACUUAUCAAACACUUUCAAAAGUAUACAUAACUCCUUUUUUAUUGUAAAAUAUACACCAUUUCCAAAUGUCGAUAUAAACUAGUGUAUACUUACUUUGAAAAGUAAAAUGUAGAAAUAACAUUUAAUAAAUUAUUUUUCUACAUAAAAA